GCAAUUUUGUUAUUGAAGUUUCCCAAUUAUUUCCUCGGAUAGGUUCAUCCCCAUGAACAUAUGUUGGUUCAUCGAGAAUCACAUAAGGAGAUGUCGAGUGAUUAGAUCAAGGCCGUGUUUUCAGUUUUUGGAACUAUGAUUAGAUCAACGAAAAUUACUGAAUGUAAAUGAGCGGAACUUUCGGAACUUUCAGUAGCUAGUUGAUAAGAUCAAGGCUGUGUUUAUAGUUUGCUGAAUUCCCAGUUAAACACAUAAUUUAUAAUGUGACGUGUGGAGAACAUUGUCCUUUGUAAAUGCUACAAUUGGAAGAAAUGUAGCCCUAUAAUACACUGUGGCUUUGAAUAUUAUAUUCUUGUAAUUUUGUAAUGUUUCCAGUGGGGUUUCUUGAUAUUUAGAGGUAAUUGCUUGAAGAAAAUUCCUCACUCUUAAGUGAUCCUGUUUUCAUCAAAUGUGCAGGUUUAUUUCACCAUGUAUGACCAACUCAAAAGCGUGCUUUAUUCAGAUGCCACCUCCACCUGUUAACGAUACCAAUCCGUACAAUGUAUUCAGACCAAGGGAGAAAGCCCACCGGUUCCACACAAGAAGGAUGCAAAGGCGGGAGAACAAUGUUCAGUCCUUUGAAAGGCUUCGCCAGGAAAUGUGUUCCUGUAUCUGAUCACAAUUUUUUUAGAGGGAAGAGGAGGCGAGAAGUCAUGGAGAGUGAAGUUAACCUUCAACGGAUUCAUGAGCUGCCACCUGCGCUGCUAAUGCCUUCGUUGGAUCUUGACGUGGGCAUUUACUCUAGGCAUUUCCAUGAGCCAUUGGGUACUUGCACUAACAUGAUACCGGAGGCAGAUAACCCACACUUCACUGACGGUCUCAUGGAGCAUGAGAAGCCAAUGGCACUCGAGCUUGUGUUCUCUAGGAGUGGAGCACAUGAGGAUAUUUUUUCAAUUUUUAAUGUAUUCGUGCAAUUGUAAACUUACUGUAAAUAUAUAUAAUUUUUAUUAUAAAAUUGUACCAUAUUUAUUCAAUAUUAAUUUUUAAUUGUAUAUAAUAUUCUUUGGUUUUUAAAUAUAAAAACAAAUAUACAGCCUUUA